AUGGAAGGGCUUUUUUCGGCUCUGGGCUCGUCGGAGAGCUCCCCGCCCGCCCUGCCGCGACCGCUGGGUACCACAUUCCUGCAUGUGGAGCGCGUGACGUCAGCAGCAUCCCCAUCGCUGCAUCCCUCACGCCUCCUCGCGGUUGCCAUGGCAACCUCCUCUAGUGAUGGGGAUGCUUUUCUGGCAGCCCAGAAUGCCCACUCUGUUCUCAAGCGCUUCCCUCGAGCCAAUGGCUUCUUGGAGGAAUUCCGGCAGGGCACCAUUGAGCGGGAGUGUGUUGAGGAGAUCUGCAGCUACGAAGAAGUCAAGGAGGUGUUUGAAAACAAGGAGAAGACGAUGGAAUUUUGGAAAGAUUAUGCUUAUUCUGUCAAGAAUCCCACAGAAGGCACAGGGCGGUCAGAUGCCAUGUAUGUUGUAGUGCCCUUGCUAGGUGUUGCUUUGCUUAUAGUAAUUGCCCUGUUCAUUAUAUGGAGGUGUCAGCUCCAGAAGGCCACGCGCCACCGUCCUUCUUAUGCCCAGAACCGCUACUUAGCCAGCCGAGCAGGCCGCAGCCUCCCCAGGGUGAUGGUGUACCGAGAGUCCUCGCACAGUCAAAGUGAAGCCCACUGCCAGCGGGACCCAGGCAGCAGAGGGGCUGGCAAUGGCCGGUGGGGUCUUGGGUCUACCAGCCAGCCAGACAGCACCCUCCAUCCCUCCGAUCCUUCCGUCUCUGCCCUGAUGAGAUUGUCAAGCGCGACCCCACCACCUUCGUACGAGGAGGUGACCGGGCAUCCUGAGAACAGCAGUGGCGAGGAAACCAGCUUGUCUUACAGUGACCCGCCCCCCAAGUAUGAGGAGAUUGUGACCGCCAUUCCUGGCCCAGGGAAAUAG